AUGGCCUUCGGAAGCUUUUCAGGCCUUUACCUGUUGGUUGGUUAUUCUGUUGAAGAAGCUGCUAUGUUAAAGGAAUCAAUUCCAAAAAAUGCGCUUGAAAGAGCUGGGUUUGUAUCCGGAAAUGACAACAUCAUGCACGAUAUUGGAAGCCGAUUACAGCUAGCACUGGAACGUAUAAUGCCGCCAGUAUGCUCUCCGUAUGUGGCACAACUAGCAAACGCAGUAAUGUGGAAUGAAGCGCUGCGAUUCGAACUGGUGAUCUCAACAGUGAAACAAAUUCGGGUCUACGACUUGCUGGGCGGGCUCCCGGAUUGUGCUGCUUUCAUUCAACAGUCACUCGCCUUAGUCUUUCCAAUACUCAUUUUUCUUCGAUUUUUCGUUACGUGA